AUGGAAAAACCACUACCCUUGAUCACAGCAUGUGGUGACGGACGCAAGUUUACCAUCAACGAGGAAGCGAAAAAAUGCCUGCUGAGCAUAGACAAACCGGUGUCCGUAGUAGCCAUCGUCGGAAAGUGCCGCACUGGCAAGUCGUACUUGAUGAACAGGCUUUACGGCAAGAACUCUGGGUUUGAUCUGGGCAGCACGGUCCAGUCUAAAACCAAGGGGAUCUGGAUCUGGGCCCGGCCCCACCCCGGGGAUAGCAACAGGUAUCUCUUGCUGAUGGACACCGAGGGUCUUCAUAGCGUGGAAAGGGGGAACGUUACCUAUGACAAUCAACUCUUCACUCUGGCCGUUCUCCUUUGCAACUGCUUCGUCUACAACAGCCAAGGAACUAUAGAUGACAAUGCCCUCAGAAAUUUACAUUUGGUGGUGGAAUUGACAGAGCAUAUAAAAGGUCAGGCCGGAACUAACGGCAGAAUCGAGGAGACGGGGGUAACAUUCAACACGUACUUUCCGCAAUUCAUAUGGGUUGUACGUGACUUCGCCCUUCAGCUUGAAAUCGACGGAAGAGCAUGUACCUCUGACGAGUACCUUGAGCACGCCUUGCAACAGAAAACCGGCAAGAGCGGAGCCAUUUUUGAUCCCAACGCCCUAAGGGAGUGCAUCCGGAAUUUCUUUCCUCAAAGAAAGUGCUUCACCCUUCAAAAGCCAGUCGACGAUGACAAGUUGCUACGCCGACUGGACCAAGCCAAAGAUAGUGAUAUUAAGCCAGAAUUCCUGAAGGAGGCCCAGAGGUUUUGUGACGUGGUCUUGGAUGACAGGGGUGGUUUUAAAGUGCAGGGGAAUACAAUAAACGGCAGAAGGUACGUAGAAUUGGCAGAAACAUACGUGCAAGCCAUCAACUCAGGUGCCGUGCCAUGUAUUGGUACCGCAGUGGAGACCAUGAUGCAGGUGGAGUGCCAGAGGGCCUUGGAGGAGAGUGUGAAACACUACAGAAAAACGAUGGAGAAUAACACUGUACCAAACAUGCCUCUUUUUGUGCAUGAGCUAUCAAGCCUCCACAAGCAGGCCAAUGAGGAAACCCUCGGUGUUUAUAAGGGUAUAGCUGUAUUUGAUGCCGAAGGAAAUUACCAAACAAAACUAGAAGAACAGCUGCUGGCUAUCUAUGAUGAAUAUGUGCAGAACAACAUAGAAGCUUCAAGGAGAAAAUGCAAAUCCAUCUUGCAAAACGCGUAUUCCAAUAUUGCCAGCAAGAUCCAGGCUGGUCACUACACAGGCGCAGGAGGGUACGAGGAGUACCAAGCGGACUAUCAGAAAUUAAAAGAGAUAUACGCCAACACAGAGAGAAAGGGUCCAUGCGCUGACGAGGAACUGGAAUGCUUCAAUGAAGACAAGAAAAGUGAGGGGAAGGCGAUCAUGGCUGUUGAUAAGGCGAUGUCACAAAAGGAGAAGGACCUUGCAGACGCCAGAGAAAAGCAACAACAAGAAGCAUUGAGGGCAAAACUACUGGAACAGCAACAACUGCAGCUACAACAAGAACUUGUCGACAAAGAGAAGAGCAACCUCGCCAUGAUGCAAAAAGUCCAAGCCGAAUUUGAUAAGAAAAUUCGGGCCACUCAGGAGCGCCAUGAGAAGGACGUGCAGGGUAAGGAAGAAGAACACCAGCGCCUCUUACGGGAGGGCCUACGCACUCAGGCAGCACAGCACAAGGAAAAACUGGAUGUGUUUAAAGAGAACCAGAGGGAGCUUCAGGAAAAAUAUCAGCUGCAGAUUGCCAAGUUGGGCCAAGAAAUUAGGGAAAACCCACCUAAAAGUGACGAAGGCAUCGUAGAAUUUUGUGCACAAUUACUUGGAGGACUUGCUUCAGGAUUUUUAGAGGGCGUUGGAGAAUCCUUGAUGAAGAAAUUUGUCAGAGAAAUCGUGGCAAACCUACCUUUAAGUGGCAAAGGUAUAUCAUGUGUUAUUGGAAAAGUGAUAGAACAAAUGGCACCCCAAUUUCUAUCUAAUAUUCUUCAACCAGAAGCUUGGUCAUACGACCUUAUAAAGCUGUUUUUAGGUCAACUAAUUAAAGAACUUACACUAGGCCUUCUAGGGAGGGUUGGAGAAUCCUUGUUGAAGAAACUUUUCGGAGAAAUCGUGGCAAAAAUACCUUUCGAUGGCAGAGGUAUAUCCUGUGUUAUUGGAGAAGUGAUAGAGCAAAUGGCAUCCCAUGUUGUAUUUAAUAUUUUUCAACCAGGAGAAGCAUUGUCACGCAACUUCAUUAAGCAAUUUUUGGGUCAACUGAUUGGAGGACUUGGACUAGGCAUUUUAGUGGAGGUUGGAGCAUACUUGUGGAAGAACCUUACAAGGGAAAUUAUGGCAAACCUACCUUUAAGUGGCGGAGGUGUUGUCCGUGCUACUGGAGAAGUGAUAGGAAAAAUAGCAAUCUUAGUUAUAUUCAAGAAAUUCUUUUAA